UAUAAUUUAAUUGAUUUGAGUCAAAAUGAUAGAUACUCGGAUUUACAAGCUGAAAGCUGAGCUACACAGCUCCAAUCGGGAUGAUAAUGGUCGACAUGUGAUUGAGUGGGCUACUAUUCAUGCUCAGGUUAAUAAGGACAAGAUUGAGUACACCACUGGCUACAAGAGAGCCCUUGUGGGGGAUUUUGAAGAAGUUCUACCACACUGAACCCUUACUUUCCUUGAAAUUGAUGGCGAACAAGUAGCCAAGUUGGAGGAAAUUGUUAGAAACAAAGAGACUGUUCAUAAGAUCUUAUUAAUCAAACCUCACGAAGAUCACUUAGAUGAUUUCGAGAAGGUUUGUCUAGUCAUUAGAGAGCAUUCAAUGGGUCAAAAGGAUAUCGGUAGGCCGAUCUUGGUUAACUCUCAUACUGGUAGAGGAAUCUCUGCUCUAUCUAGGAAAGCAGAGAAUCAAAGCUACAGAGGACUUGUCAAUAUCUUGAUAAUUUUACUAGUAGCCUCUAACGCACAUAAUAUCCUGAAAGUUUUGAAAGAAGAUGGCUGGAUCUUUGGAAAGAUUUGGAUUGAUGUCAUCACAAGUUCUGCUGCCUUCAAAUUAGAGUAUCUCAAGUAUCUUCUCUAUGGACAGUUUUUGUUUACAGGCCCACUGAUUUCAGUAGGUAUUGAGAAAUAUCUUGCUUGUUCAAAGAAAGUUCCAAGAUUGGUUGUGUUCAUAUUGAUAGUAUUAAAUCUCCUCCAUAUGCUAGCCUAUCCAUGCUGGUAUGGAGCCUACAUGGAAGUCCAUAUGUUGGUAAGAAUCUACCCUCUCUUGUUCUCAUGAAUGUGGUUCCUAAAACUGUGAAGCUAUCACCACAUCUGGCAUGACGUCAGAUACCAUCAAGGAUUAAUUGACUCAGAUAUUAACAAGGAAGGCCUUGUGGAUUCUCAAGGAGAGCCAAUUCCUGCAAAAGAGGAAGAAUAUCUCUCAAAAAUAGCUGAAAAACUGAGUCUCCCAAAGCCAAUAACACGGAGUGUUUACAACUAUCCAAAAAAUGUUAAUUUGUUUGACGUCAUCAUCUUUUGUCUCAUCCCCACUCUUAACUUCCAGCUUAAAUAUCCCUUCAAGAAGACCAGGAACUAUAAAAGAUUUGUACUGAGAUUACUCGAGGUUGGCCUCUGGCAGGUUGUGUGGGUAAUCAUCAUGAUGGAAUACGUCUUUCCACUAGUCCAUGAAUGCUCAGCGAGCUUUAAGAAGGAAGACUAUGUUUCAGCUUUAUACUAUUUCAUCAGAUUAGCUGUGCCUAAUACCUAUUCAUGGCUGAUCAUGUUCUAUAGUCACUUCCACACUUAUUUCAAUGCUUUUGCAGACCUUACAGGAUUCUCGGAUAGAUGUUUUUACCUGGACUGGUGGAAUUCCACCAGUCUCAGCCAAUAUUGGAGGAAAUGGAAUCUUCCAGUUCACAACUGGCUUACAAGACAUAUAUAUCUCCCUAGUAUGAGAAGAGGGCAUAGUAAAGCUUUGAGCAUGUUCUUGGUGUUCCUCUUCAGUGCUGUGCUGCAUGAAUUCAUUAUCUGAGGUAUUUUAGAGCGUGUCUCUUUGAUCGGCUUCAACUCAAUGGCAAUCCAGGUUCCUUUCAUAAUCCUCCAAGAAACAUUCAAGAAGUCAUUGGGUGGAAACAUCGGCAAUUUCAUAUUCUGGAUGACCUUCUGAGUAAUCGGACAACCUGCAGGAAUGGUAAUGGGCUACAUUCUUCUAAAUUAGGUAAAACCCAUUCAAAAACCUUCAAACCUAAAAACCCAAAUUUAUUCACUUCAAACGUCAUCAAUUGUUCAAUUUC